UAUUUUUUAUUUUUUCAGAUCUUCGUCAGCAACCAAUAUAGCUAUUUUUAUGAAGUAAAGGAGAAAUGAUAUUUUUAUAACGUAUUAAAGAAUAAUAGUACAAAGUCCAUGAAGUACAAAUAUAAAGGCUGAAACGCAGCUCCUUCCUUCCUCGUGAAUCCUUCAACUAUCUCAGCGAAAAAUCAGGUUUCAAUGAUGACAAUAACCUAAUUACGGCGUGUGCAAACUUCGGUAGAUACAAACGAACAACAUGUUGUAUCGGCUACACAUGAGACUGAAGUUACGAUGACAAAAUGAGUGAAACUCUCAGCCAGGACCCAGAGAACUUAGGUACUGGGUACAACCUGGCCCAAACGUACUCCCCGACACCCGCCACUCCCAACUCGACGGUACAGGAUGCUCCCAAUUCCAAUCUUCCACCUUUUUCCACGUUUUCAGCGGAUAUGGAUGCAACUUCUGGAUAUUCGUCGGAUCGUUUGUUCGGAGAUACUCGUUUAUUGGAUAUUUCAAGUUGGGAUUAUUAUGGGGAGGCCAGGUUGUUGGAACGUACCGAAAACGGCUUGACAGCAAUCUCUUCGCAACCCCAAUACAGACCCUGGGAAUCGAAGCCUGUCGAUUCGACGUCUCAGGAAUCUCUGCGUCAAAGUUUCACUCCAACAACUCCAAUAACAACAUUCGCGGACGCUUUUGCCCAAAGCAACAUGCCAAAACUUCCUUCAUUCCAGUCGCAGUUUCAGUCUUUUAACGAAACAUCCCCCGUUACCGCAAGCGAAGCGACCACGUUGACCACCUUAACCAAUCUAACGCCCGUUUCGCCUAAUUCUGCUAGUCCCGGUAGUCAUAGUUUAACAACCCUCAACACUAAUUUUCACACGUUAAGCGCGGUCAAUACACGAAACUACCCUCUGGUACCAGCACCGAUACAAGCCCGCGAAAUACCGUCCAUUCAACAGCAGUUUUUGGAUGAACGUCAUAUACAGCUGUACACCCAUCCCACAACUAGUCUUACCACCUUGGGUAAUACCAUACAUUCCGCUAGCAUAUUUCCAGCACAAAACGGCACAAUUAUACAAAACAGCCAACUGAUAACACCACCGACGGUGGUCACGGUACUCAAGUCUGAACCUGCCAGUAUGUCAGAGUUGAAGUUAGGUCAUAACUUGACAAACCUUCAAGAUACCGGGUUAAAGAUUCAGAACGUGAGUCUCCACCCGACCCAGUUUCAGAAUCCGAUGUCUACCGUGCUCGAUAAUAACGUGUUGUAUAACGGACUCGAUAAAAAACUGAACGGCAUGAACAAUGUGAUCGAUUCUCCGACUCGUAAUGAUUUCCGUAAGAAAGAACGUAGGAAAAUUCGCGCUAAUAGUAUGGAAAGUUCCGCGGAAAGUGACGGUGCCUCGAGCAACAUGGAAAUGGGCUCGGAGAAUUCGGGACAAGUUGCGUCCGUGUCUAGUACCGCGGGAUACAAGGGCCAUCCGUUGUCGGGCGGGGGUGGUCUUGACCACGACGAUAUCAGUGGAGGUAAUCCGGACAAACAGGUAAAAAAGAAACGGAAACGGUGUGGUGAAUGUAUCGGUUGCCAAAGGAAAGACAAUUGUGGUGAUUGUGCCCCGUGUCGAAACGACAAGAGCCAUCAGAUCUGCAAGCAGAGGCGUUGCGAGAAGUUGACUGAGAAAAAGCUGUACGGAGAGGACGGAUUCGUGCGUGGAGAAUCUAGACGAGGAAGGGGAAAGGGGCGAAGCGCUGGGAGCUACAGGGGACGUAAGCCAAGUGGACCAGUUACCUUACCCCCGAAUAACGCACAAGAAGUCAAUCCACCCCCUCCACCCUCGAGGCCUAGCCCUCAGCCGGUCCAUAUGCUAAAACCUGAACAACCACCUCAAUCACAACCGAUGACCCCUGUGCCAUUCUACGCCGAUCCAAAUAGAUUCACCACUCCUGUUUGGCAAGCCGACCCUGCUCAAGUUGUUUCAGGAUGGCCGCAAGGACAGUUCAUUCAGCAAAUUUCUGCAGCUCCUCAAGCUCCAUUAGAAGGAUACACUCAGCAAUAUCCUAACGGUAUUUAUCAAACAACUUAUCAACAGCCGGGGUUUGAAGCGAACACCUUUUACACCACUGGGCCCGUUCAGGUGGUAACGAACGCCGCCAGACCUCCCAGUGUUCCGGAUCAAUCUCAAUUAACACCCAGACCGAACAGCACUUAUUCACAUACUCCCAGCCCCGUGCCAUCCCAGCCCCAGCAGCCAAAUCAGAGAAAUCAGUAUCAACAGGAAUACGUUUCCACAAAUCAGAACUACGUAACGCCAGCAACAACUCCUGGUGGAACGGUGGAAAGUUCUCAGCAAUCCGGUGGAAUGUCGAGACCCAGUUCAGUAAAUUCCACAGUAGCUGCUCCAGCCAGUGGUCAAAGUUUCCAGCAAAGCAACGCGGGAUUCAUUCCGAUAUCGAGUUCGAGUUUUAGUCCUGGUUCUAAUCAGAAUCCAAAUUUCGUUAAUAGCGGCAUGUCGACGAAUUCGGGAAACGAGAUGCCUGGGUACCCACCAGUGAACAGCCACCCGCAGCUAGCUUCACACAAUUAUAAUGGUGGGUACCCAGGCAACGAAUGCGGAAAUGAAAACAUUGCGAUCCAAAACAAUCAGAACGAAGAGCAGCAGCAUCAUCAUCACCAUCAUCCACACCAUCAUCAUUGGACAUCUAACAAUCAUCAAUGGAAACCAAAUUCUGAAAGUGCCAAAUCUGGCGAGUCGGAUAUGCAAAAUUACGGCAAUAAUAGUCCUCUCAAUCACAGACAAUCUACCAAUGAACAGCACGGUGUCGAAUCUCCCCAGAAAAGAGAGCUGCAAAAUCAGUAUUCGCAAAUAGACCGGAUAGAUUUGAAUACUAGGAUAAAAACGAUGAUAUUAAACAAGCAGCAACAGUUAGACAGUAAGGACGAGGCGCAAAACGAUAAUCAAAACAAAACCGGUCAUUUUUUAUCGUAUAGCCACCAUCGUCACCGCAAUGAUAAUAUAGGUGGCGGUGGUGGCGUUUCUGACGAUUCAUCAUCAUCUUUUCGGAAGAAUUCCACAACCAUCCAGCCGAAAACUUUAUCAAAACAACUUGAUUCUUUCAACUACGCCAAUCAGUCGAAUUUUCAUUACGACCAUCCUCCUUCCCCAACUAUACACGAAUGUUUACCGAACAAAGUUAAUUUUCAACCCCAGCUGGCCUCCAUUCCCAGUGACAGCGAUGCUUCAUCAGGAAUCUGUAAGGAUGAGUUGAAUACAAACGAAAAAAACUACACCGAUCGCAUUCUAACUAAAAGCAACAUCACACCCAAAUUAUCAACUCCGUGCAAAAGUAUUCCGUCAAACUACAAGACAGAAAUGAGCAAUGACGAGAAAACAGUUAAAAGCGAAUUUAAGUUUUCCGAAAUUAGCUUAAGUUCUGAAACAGAAUCAUGCUAUUCAACGCCUGAGAAAUCAGUUGAAUAUUCACCGAGAAAAUUAACAGAUAUUUACAAUUCUCCUGAUGUGUUAAAAACUGGACAGGCUGAAGUAAUACCAGAAUGUAAUUGUUUUCCUUCCAAUAUGGGGCCUCCUGAACCAGGAUCUUUCUACACUCAUCUAGGAUCAUCUCACAGCCUUAGCGGAUUAAGAAAACAUCUAGAAGAACGAACCGGUUUGGUCGGUUCUUCGAUCAGAAUUGAGAAAGUGUGUUAUAGUGGGAAAGAAGGCAAAACACCCCAGGGUUGUCCGAUAGCGAAAUGGAUAAUAAGAAGAUCUGGUCUUGAAGAGAAGUACUUGGUCAUUGUAAAACAUCGACAAGGCCACUUUUGCUCUUCGGCCUUUAUAGUUGUGUGUAUCGUAGUUUGGGAAGGUUUGGAUAGUAACGACGCCGAUGACAUGUACUCGACGCUCUGUCACAAACUGAAUAAGUUUGGUACCCCGACAGCUCGCCGUUGUGGCACGAACGAUACCAGAACCUGCGCUUGUCAAGGUUUGGAUCCUGACCUAUGCGGUGCGAGUUUUUCAUUCGGUUGUUCUUGGAGCAUGUAUUACAACGGCUGCAAAUACGCUCGUUCAAAACUUAUCAGAAAAUUCAAGUUAACCGAGCAAACUGAAGAAAAAGAACUGGAAGAAAAGUUUCAAGCCCUUGCAAAUCAUAUAUCUCCCAUGUAUAAAAAUCUCGCACCGAAAUCGUUCGAUAAUCAGUGUCAGUAUGAAGAAACAGCUUCCGAGUGUAGAUUGGGACUGAAUCCUGGGAGACCUUUUUCUGGUGUGACCGCGUGUUUGGAUUUUUGCGCACACGCCCAUAAAGACUCCCAUAACAUGAACAAUGGCUGCACCGUGGUUGUUAGUUUGACAAAACACCGCGAUCUCAAUAAAGCUGAAGACGAACAACUCCACGUGCUUCCUCUAUAUACCAUUGACAAGACUGAUGAAUUAGGUUCCGAAGACAAACAACGUGAGAAGAUGAAUAAUGGCAGUAUCGAAGUCCUUAACAAAUACCAGUGUGAGGUGCGUUUAAGGAAUGAACCUCAGCAACCAUGUCGAAGAAGAAAAAGAAAAGAUGAUGGAAACGAGAAAAGCAAAGCAGAAAGUCCCAAGAAGAAUGGCGUUUCUGUAAAGGACCAAAACACAUCUCCAUCAUCUGCCUACCACCACCCGCAUCAUCAACAAACUUUCCUCAACAAUAAGCACGAACUUCAAAGCGAUCAAGUUACAAGUACAGUAUUUGAUGCAUCCAGUAGAAAACACGGUAAAAAUAGUAAGUUAAUAAGUAACAGUAGAAAAGGACCUCAGUUUUCUUGGAACUCUUCUUCCGCAUCCAAAACUCAUUUGGACAACGACAUUUACAAAUCCGAAAAUUUUGUUAGUAGUAGUACGACGUUCCCAUUACUAAGAAAAGAUCAAUUCAACACUGCCUUUAAUUUUACAUAUCCAAAUUCAGGACUACACAGCAGUAUUCCUCCCUCAAACGGUUUCGACAGUUAUAAUUUGAAUGCUCAAUCGUAUCAAAUGGCAGGACAUUUUUCCAACAUUAACUCGAAUCAAAAUAAAAAUACGUCGAAUAUAUUCAGUCAUACUCCUACAGGUGGGCAGAGUUACCAUUCUAAUAAUGUAAGUUUGAAUCCCGUACCGAACAAUUAUCCCAACCAUGAAAACAGCCCUUUUAUUCAAAACGGUCCCUUUUCUCAAAACGGCUACUUCGGUCUUUCAAAAUUAAAUUAUGUGAACGAUAUGAGAACCAAUACGCCAACUAGCCAAAUCAUGUGGGCUUCUAACGAAUACAGCGGGUACCAUCAUAAUGGGUUUAACAAACUAACAAACGAUUACUUUCCAUAUUCGACACCGCGCAGUCAAGAACAACUUCAAUAUGGUAACGGAUUUAUUUCGAGUCCACCAGAUUCCUAUGUUUUGAGGAAUCCGUUUGAAGAUUUUCCAAAUUUCGGUUACAAUUUUCAGCCACCGUUCAGUAGCUCUCCGUUAAAGCCACCCGACAGUCCUAAUACCACAACAGUUCAACCCAAACUUCUCGGAACGGUCAGUGAAGUCAUUGACAAUGCUGAAUCGUUCCUUGAUUCGCAAGUCGGUGGUGUAGCCAUUGCUUUGACUCACGGCAGUAUUCUUUUCGAGUGCGCCAAACACGAACUGCAUGCCACAACGGCAUUGAAAAAACCUAAUCGUCAAAAUCCGACCAGAAUCUCCCUGGUAUUUUAUCAACACAGAAAUAUGAAUAGGGCUAAGCAUGGUUGGGACGAGUACGAGGAGAAAUUAAAGUUAAGGAAAAUGGAUUCGGCAAAUUUGGUGCCGGAAGGGAAAGAAAAAGAAAAUGCUCCCGAAGUUAAGAGUAAAGAUACAGAGACAAAGAGAGCUGGAGAUGUAUUUCCCAGAGUUUACACAUUACCCACCGUAUCUGUUACCACAUUAUUUCCCAUGUACCCGUGUACAGUGACUGGUCCUUAUGUAAAUGGUAGUACAAAUGGAUGACCAAAAUCUUGGCCUUACUGGCAGGGCGUUUAUAUAUAAUAAUACAACAAGGAAAUUAAAAUUACAUAACAGGCAAGAUCUUGGCCUCACUAUAUUUACAUACGUUAGUGUGUGUUCGAAAAAGCUUUUUUCUUAUUCAAGCUCGAUUAGUUGAUGUAUGUCAAACAGCUAAUUAUUCUCAAAUCUGUUUCAUGAUUGAAUUAUUAAAAUGGGCCAAGUUGUAGAGUUUACAAAAGAAUAACGUGGAAUAUAUUACUAUUUUAUUCAAAUAACUUCAACUUUGAUAAUCUUCUACUAUGGAUCACUGUGUAGGGAAAUAAAUUGUCGAGCCAACCUAUACUUUUUUGAUACGUAAGGUAUGAAAAUUAAAAAUUAAGAAAAAUCGUUAUUACUAUACAUCUGUAGUUUAAUAGAAUUAUUAUAUAUAAAGUAUUA